AUGUCGCUGCAGAGGAUCGUGCGUGUGUCCCUAGAGCAUCCCACCAGCGCUGUAUGCGUGGCUGGCGUGGAGACCCUUGUGGACAUUUAUGGGUCACUACCUGAGGGCACAGAGAUGUUCGAGGUCUAUGGGACCCCCGGUGUGGACGUCUACAUCUCUCCCAGUGUGGAGAGGGGCCGGGAGCGCGCCGACACCAGGUGGUGGCGCUUUGAUGCAGGGUUGGAGAUCAUCGUGGUCAUGAACUCUCCCAGCAAUGACCUCAACGACAGUCAUGUUCAGAUUUCAUACCACUCCAGCCGUGAGCCCUUGCCCCUGGCCUACGCCGUGCUCUACCUCACCUGUGUGGACAUUGCUCUGGAUUGCGACCUGAACUGUGAAGGCAGGCAGAACAGGAGCUUCGUUGACAAGCGGCAGUGGGUCUGGGGGCCUGGUGGGUAUGGAGCCAUCCUGCUGGUGAACUGUGACAGGGACAAUCUGAACUGUGAUGACCAGGACAACUGUGACCAGCACGUGCACUGCCUGCAAGACCUGGAAGACAUGUCCGUCAUGGUCCUGCGCACCCAAGGCCCCACUGCCCUCUUCAAUGACCACAAACUUGUCCUCCACACCUCGAGCUAUGACGCCAAGCGGGCACGGGUCUUCCACGCCUGCGGUCCCGAGGACUCCUGUGAGGCCUACAGGCACGUGCUGGGCCAGGACAAGGUGUCGUACGAGGUGGCCCGCUUCCACGGGGACGAGGAGCGCUUCUUCGUGGAGGGCCUCUGCUUCCCCGACGCCGGCUUCACGGGGCUCAUCUCCUUCCACGUCACCCUGCUGGACGACUCCAACGAGGAUUUCUCCGAAUCCCCCAUCUUCACUGACACCGUGGUGUUCCGUGUGGCGCCCUGGAUCAUGACGCCCAGCACCCUGGCGCCCCUGGAGGUGUACGUGUGCCGUGUGAGGAACAACACGUGCUUUGUGGACGCAGUGGCGGAGCUGGCCAGGGGGGCCGGCUGCAAGCUGACCAUCUGCCCGCAGAACGAGAACCGUAACGACCGCUGGAUCCAGGACGAGAUGGAGCUGGGCUACGUCCAGGCGCCGCACAAGACCUUCCCCGUGGUCUUUGACUCCCCCAGGAAUGGGGAACUGCAGGACUUCCCCUACAAAAGGAUCCUGGGUCCAGAUUUUGGCUAUGUGACUCGGGAACCAAGAGACAGCUCUGUGAGUGGCCUGGACUCCUUUGGAAACCUGGAGGUCAGCCCCCCCGUGGUGGCCAAUGGGAAAGAGUACCCCCUGGGGAGGAUCCUCAUCGGGGGCAACCUGCCUGGGUCACGUGGCCGCAGGGUCACCCAGAUGGUGCGGGACUUCCUCCACGCACAGAAGGUGCAGCCCCCCGUGGAGCUCUUUGUGGACUGGCUGGCCGUGGGCCACGUGGACGAGUUUCUGAGCUUUGUCCCUGCCCCCGAUGGGAAGGGCUUCCGGAUGCUCCUGGCCAGUCCUGGUGCCUGCUGCAAGCUCUUCCAGGAAAAGCAGAAGUGGGGCCACGGCAGGGCCCUCCUGUUCCAAGGGGUUGUUGGCGCUAAGCCAGUCACCACCAUCUCCAUCAACCAGGUCCUCUCCAAUGAAAGCCUCAUCAGCUACAAUAAGUUUGUGCAGAGCUGCAUCGACUGGAACCGGGAGGUGCUGAAGCGGGAGCUGGGCCUGACGGAGCGGGACAUCAUCGACAUCCCCCAGCUCUUCAAGAGGGAGAGGAGAAAGGCAGUGGCCUUCUUCCCUGACUUGGUGAACAUGCUGGUGCUGGGGAAACACCUGGGCAUCCCCAAGCCCUUCGGGCCCGUCAUCGACGGCCGCUGCUGCCUGGAGGAGAAGGUGCGGUCCCUGCUGGAGCCGCUGGGCCUCCGCUGCACCUUCAUCGACGACUUCACCCCGUACCACAUGCUGCACGGGGAGGUGCACUGCGGCACCAAUGUGCGCCGGCAGCCCUUCUCCUUCAAGUGGUGGAACAUGGUGCCCUGAGCCUGUCCCCACCCGCCUCCUCUCCCCCUGGGUGGGACGUCGGCCUGGGUGAUGGAGACGGAGACAGGCCCUGAACAAUAGCGUCAGGAGACCCCAAGGUUCCAGAUGGAACACUCAGGGUGACCAUCCCUCUCAGACGCCCUUUCCCUAGAAGUGUUCAUGCCUCACCUGUAACCCGCUUGGUUGUCAGACUUGAUUCCUCUUGGCCUCCCAAGAAGAAUGACCUCAUUUCUUGUGGCCUCUCCUGUGGAUCAGCAUGACCUACAGGGACUCCUCCAAACAUCCCACUUCCCACCCCCAAAUCCUCCAUUUGGGGCCUAAUUCAAUUUGGGGCCUGGAAACAUCCAUGAAUCUCAUCUGCCACCUUGGCCUGUGUGUCCUAAUGGAGGAAGGACCCGCAAUUCUGCUUUGGUCUGGUUGCUUCUCGCUCGGCAGGGGAACAGCCCUCAAGUCAGAUCCCUCCACACAGGGCAGGAGAGAUUCCGCCAUAGCUGCCCCCACAGGGAAGGAGCCGGGGUCCAUGUAGAUCAAGGUGGGACCAGCAUUCCACCUGCCAAGCUCCUGACCAGAUGGGGGACUCUGUCCCCCGCCCAGUGCCCAGCAUGAGCUUUCACACAGUUGCUGCUUCUAGAUGUGUGUUGAAGGAGCCCUAUAAAUGCCCCAUCAUGUAACAUUAAGAAAUCCGGCUUUGUCCCAAAACCUCCUGGAAUUUCUUGGAGAUGAAAAUAUCCGGGGAAAUUCUGGAGAUUGGAAAGCUUGCACAGUUGAGAA